AUGAUUGCCAAGUUCUGCAGAAACGGUAUUGAUUCGCUGAUGAAGUGGUGCUGUGAUAAUGAAAUGACUCUGAAUAUUUCAAAAUGCUCUGUGAUAUCCUUUUCCAGAUCUAGCACACCCAUUAUCUUCCCCUACUUACUUGACGGUCAACCCCUCCCACGUUCUUUCAGGAUCAAGGACCUUGGCGUCAUACUUUCACCAAAUUUAAACCCUCAAGAGCAUAUAAAUUGUAUCUGCAAGAGAGCACAUUCUGCCCUAUAUUUCAUUAUAAGGAACAGUCGCAACAUGUUCUCUAUCAAUGCAUUGAGAAUCCUCUACAUUCAUCUAGUCAGGCCUUUACUUGAGUUUUCAUCACCAGUUUGGAGCCCUUACCUGAUUGGGCAGAUUGAGAGUCUUGAGAACGUGCAGAGCCGUUUCAUUCGUCUGGUUGGUGUGCUGAUGGGUUAUGACUACCGCACCGUUCCUAUCCAGAAUUUACAACUUCAGUUAAACUUGAGGCCACUACUUGCACGACAUGAAAUCUUCUUUCUAACCUUCUGUUCCUGA